AUGUCCUCCCACCUCAACCCUACCCCUCUCAUCCUCCCCUUCCUUCUACUUCUCUCCCUGUCUCUGACUUCCGCCUCUACCGCUCCGCCCGCCGCCUCCCCCCUGUCCUUCUCACCUCCGGAAGGAGGCCUCACGCAUUUGGUGGUCCACAACAAAACCGGCGAGGUCUACCUAGGCGCGGUCAACUGGAUCUACAAGCUGUCCGGCAACCUCACCAAGCUGCGGAGCCACGUGACCGGCCCCGUCACCGACAACCCCCGCUGCUACCCCCCUCCCGGCGUCCAGUCCUGCCCCCACGAGCUGGUGCAGACCUCCAACGUCAAUAAGCUGCUGCUGCUGGACGCUGCCCACAACCGCUUGAUAGCGUGCGGGAGCACCUCCCAGGGAAUAUGCCAGUUCCUGCGUCUGGACGACUUGUUCAAGCUGGGGGAGCCUCACCACCGUAAGGAGCACUAUCUAUCCAGCGUGGCCGAGGCGGGCACCAUGUCGGGCGUGGUGAUCUCGCCGGAUAUCUUCGGCGGCGGGGGGAAACUAUUCGUCGGCACUCCCAUCGACGGGAAGUCCGAGUACUUCCCCACGCUCUCCAGCCGCAAGCUGAUGUCCAACGAGGAGAACGCCGACAUGUUCAGCUUCGUGUACCAGGACGAGUUCGUGUCCUCCCAGCUCAAGAUUCCCUCGGACACGCUGUCAAAGUUCCCGGCGUUCGACAUCUACUACAUCUACGGCUUCAACAGUGAGCAGUUUGUGUAUUACCUCACCCUGCAGCUGGACACCCAGCUGACCUCGCCGGACGCCAGCAGCGAGCAGUUUUUCACCUCCAAGAUCGUCCGCCUCUGCGUCGACGACCCGAAGUUCUACUCGUACGUCGAGUUCCCCAUCGGGUGCACCAAGGACGGAGUGGAGUACCGCUUGGUUCAGGAUGCUUACUUGGCCCGACCGGGAGCCCGUUUGGCUCGCUCUCUGGGUAUUCAGGAGCGCGAGGAGGUUCUGUUCACCGUGUUCGCCCAGGGCCAGAAGAACAGGGCCAAGCCUCCCAAGGAGUCAGCUCUGUGUCUGUUCACAAUGAGGCAGAUAAAGGAGAAGAUUAAAGAGAGGAUUCAGUCCUGCUACAGAGGAGAGGGAAAGCUCUCCUUGCCCUGGCUGCUCAACAAGGAGCUGGCCUGCAUCAACUCGAGGAUGGUUGGAUAUGUGAAGCUUCAGUGGCUCCUGCAAACUCUAGUGGGUCAAGAGAUAUGA